CGAUUGCGUAUAACGCAUUACGCGCGCCUACUAGUGCAUGUAUAAAAGGAUACAGAUUGUAGUACAGUAUUGAAUUCUGCACAGAUACUUCAACAUGAACAGAUUGGUUUUGUUAGGAGUUUGUUUGAUAGGCGUGGUAUCUGCAUAUCCCCGGCCCCAGGCCCCCGGACCUCUUCAAAUACCAGGAGCUGAAGGAUAUGGAAAGCAAGAUGGAUAUUUUCAAUACAUCAACGUCCCAGCUCCAAAAACUUAUGAGUGGGGAUACAGAAGAGGAAACGACCAACAUAACAGAGAGGAAUAUCUUUCCCAGAAGGAUCACACCUUUAAAGCUAAGCUGAAGUGGGCGGAUGCUUAUGAUGGUCACGGUGAACACUAUUAUGAUUACAAUCACGUUCAGAAAUACGAGGAACCAGCAUAUGUUGAACCUGUACCGUCCUAUGCUCCGGCUAAACCGGCCUACUCACCCCCUUCAUAUUCUUAACCAUCUUCAUUCAUCAUAGUUUAUCCUAUGCUAAGUGUAUAUUCAUUUUUGAAUAAAAUGUUUAAAUCAAGUAAUAAGAAAA